UGCCGCCCCAACUUGAAGCUUGUUUGUUUACCUACCCUUAAAGAUAGGGAUUUUUAUAGCUUUGAGUAUAAAAUAAUUCAGGACAUAGGAUGGACCAAAAAAAUACAUAGUAGAGCUUAGAAUUUAAUAGGACCUCUGUAGGAAGGACAUUGUGGAAUAAGGAGUACUGAUGGCUCAAUUAUUACACCACAUAAUUCUAUGCAUACAACCGACUGGUCAAAGUGGGUUACAUGCUGAAAAUUAUAGUCAAUAACAUAACACAUACACAGCAUAAUGUACACACAAAUAUCAUGAUAAUUUCUUUGAUACAAGAGUAAACUCUUGUCUAUGUCUAAAAAGCAAGCUAGUCCCCGCCCCCUGUCUUGUUGACCAAAAACUUGCAUGAAUUCGAUUUGAGUGGAAAGGCUAGCUUGCUAUCCUACAUCGACUCAUAUAUCAAGUCCACAAUCUUGGAGUGUACAUUUUAAGAGAAUAGGUUGAAUAUUGGGGUACAGCAAUGUCUAAAAGCGAGACAGAGGAGAUGAUAGAGAUUGAGAUCGAUGGACAGGAGAAACAGGAGUGCCUGGAGGAGGGAGUUGAGGAGCAGACCAUUACAUCAGCCGAUCUGAUCCAACAGGACAUCGACAUCAAUGAGCCAAUCGGUAACCUGAAGAAGCUCCUGGAGCCCCGUAUCCAGAUGUCAUUGGAUGGAUAUGAGAUCUGUCUACAGGACAUCCAGCUGCAUCCAGACCACAGCCUCUUUGAUCAAGGAGUGAAGACAGACGGCACAGUGCAACUCAGCCUACAAAUCAUCACCAAGCCAGGCGAGGAGAAGCUGAACAUCCUGGAGAUCGUGAAGCCGGUGGAGACGGUGGAGGUGGUGAUCGACCCGGAUGCGGCGGGGGAGGAGGGCACCCUGAUGGAGGAGGGCCAGCUGAUCGCUGUGGAGCACUCCUCCCUGUCAGACGACACGUCGGAGCAGGUGACCCGCUGGGCCGCCGCCCUGGAGGGCUACCGCAAGGAACAGGUCCGUCUGGGGAUACCCUACGACCCAGAACAGUGGACGGCGGACCAGGUGAUCCACUGGGCCGUGUGGGUUAUGAAGGAGUUCAGCAUUGAUGAGAUGGAGGUGGGAGGGAUUCACAUCCCAGGUCGCAACCUCUGCUCCUUCACCCAGGAAGAGUUCCUGCAGAGGGUCCCCAGUGGAGAGAUCCUCUGGAGCCACCUGGAGCUGCUCCGCAAGUAUGUGUUGGCCAGUCAGGACCAGUCUGGCCAGGAGGCCACAGUCACCAUUGACCAACAGGUCCAGAUCAUCCCGGCUGCUGUGCAGACCACACCCACCACUAUCAAGGUUCUGAAGCAGAACCGCGGCCCCAGAACACCCCGCAUCUCAGGAGGAGAGGAGCGCAGCUCACCUGGCAACCGCACAGGUAACAACGGUCAGAUCCAGCUGUGGCAGUUCCUGUUGGAGCUGUUGACUGAUAAGGAUGCUAGAGACUGUAUCUCCUGGGUGGGAGAGGAGGGGGAGUUCAAACUCAACCAGCCUGAACUGGUGGCCCAGAAAUGGGGCCAACGCAAGAACAAGCCCACCAUGAACUAUGAGAAACUCAGCCGAGCGCUCAGGUAUUACUACGAUGGGGACAUGAUCAGCAAGGUGCAGGGCAAGCGCUUCGUCUACAAGUUUGUGUGCGACCUGAGGACUCUGAUUGGCUACAGUGCUGCCGAGCUCAACAACCUGGUAACGGAGUGUGAGCAGAAGAAGCUGGCCCGCAUUCAGCUGCACGGGAUUGGCCAGCCCAUCACCACGGUGACGCUGGCCACCUCAGCACAGGACAGCUGAGGGGGGAGGGGCCUGGGGCUCCCUGACUGCCCCAGGUAGAAGUUGCCCAUAGACACAGAUCUAGGAUCAGAUUACUAUGACCAGCCCUAAGCUUCACCAUUUAAGGAGGUGGAAAUGAACAGACUUUAGAUCCGUGUCUAUGGGCAACUUUGUCCUUCUCCUUUGGGUUUGAUUGGAGAUGGGGCUGAGACAGGCUGGGGAGGUGGUUUUCUUAUUUUAACCAGGGAAGAGAUGCUUGGAGGGAGAGUAUGUGUGUGUGGAUGAGUGUGAGUGUAUGAGUGUCAGAUGGGGAGUGUGUGUGCGUAUGCUGGAAAAUCAAAUAUGAUCUUUGCAUUUGUUUCCCCUUUAUCUGUAGCUUAGUAUAGUUUCCUUUGUAUAUACCGGUACUCCAUGUUUUUGAUAGCCACAAGGGCAGUGUAUUUUCAUAUUUUCCAUUAAUAAAAGGAUCCGUUUUGUAUUUUA